AUGUUUUGUCUGCGAAGCUGGAUCCCAGUGCUUUUCUUCUUACUGCGGACUCAAGCAUCUCCCGUCUACCUUGUCCUCUUCAUAUCGGCUACAUACUUCCUAAACCGACCGUGCGUGUAUUGCUCGCUACUCCUUUUCAUUCUUGUCGUUGCGCUCUUCGACUUCCACACGCCAUGGUUUGAUGCGCCGCUGUCGGACAGCGCGGAACUAGCGCUCAAUGGCACCGCGUCAGAAACAGCCGGAGUACUGGCGCAGGCUGCGAACCACACAGCACAGGUUGUGGUCAAGGCUGCGGUGGAAGGAGUCAAGGGAAAGAUUGGACUGGGCCAGGCGAGUGACGCGCAGAGUUACGAGUGGGUCAAGGGCUUGCUGGGGAAGAAGGAAUGGCGGAUUCAAUGUCUCGAUGUGCUCAUCCGAGUCUGA